CUCUCUCGAACCACUUUCACUUCCUUCGUCGUUCCCGCAAAGAUGAAACUCCAUCUCUUCCUACCAAAUUUGGUCUUCACGGUCGCCAUCCUCUUCCGUCUGGUACCUCUCGUGGCGCCGUUCACCGUGAUACCCUCGGACUCCGGCCUAGUCGACGCCCCGCAGAACGGGCUGAAGAGCGGGGCCCGGACCGACGCGCGGGAGCAGGAGGCCGUCUACGACGUCAUGCGCGCCACGGGGAACGGGUGGGCCACGGACAUCGCCGACGUGUGCCGCGGCCGGUGGCAUGGCAUAGAGUGCAUGCCCGACAAGGACGAUGUGUACCACGUCGUCUCGCUCUCGUUCGGGGCGCUGUCGGACGACACCGCGUUCCCGACCUGCGACCCGAACCGGUCCUACAUCUCGCCGUCCGUGACCAAGCUCCCUCACAUCAGGACCUUGUUCUUUUACCGUUGCUUCAGCUAUAAUCCUCAGCCAAUCCCAGCAUUCUUGGGCCAACUUGGCUCCACAUUGCAAACCUUGGUGCUCAGAGAAAAUGGGCAUGUGGGUCCAAUUCCUAGUGAAAUUGGGAACCUAACCCGCUUGAGGGUCCUUGAUCUCCACAAGAACAACCUCAAUGGUUCGAUACCGGGUUCCCUGGGCCAGGUCGCCGGUUUAAGGUCGCUUGAUUUGAGCGGAAAUAGACUGACCGGGGCGAUACCGGGCUUCGGCUUCCCGUCCUUGAGUGUACUAGACCUGAACCAAAACCUCUUAACCGGUCCAAUCCCAUCAACCCUAGGAACAUGCCUCUCAUUGAUCAAAAUUGACCUCAGCCACAACCAUCUCACUGGUCCGAUCGCCGAGUCGAUCAACCAUCUCCGAGACCUCAUUUUGCUGGACUUGAGCUACAAUCGCCUUUCGGGUCCAUUCCCCGACUCGCUCGAGCACAUGACUUCUCUCGAAGCACUCAUACUGAAAGGAAACCCGAUGGAAUCCGUAACCAUACCAAAUGACACUUUCGCAGGCAUGAACGUUCUUACCAUUCUAGCACUGUCAAACAUGAACCUGCGUGGACCCAUCCCCGAAUCACUAGGCCGGUUGCCGAGCCUGCGCGUGCUCCACCUUGACCGGAACAGCCUGAAUGGCUCGAUACCGGAGAGCUUCCGGAACUUGAGGAGCAUCGCGGAGUUGAGGCUGAAUGACAACCAAUUGACGGGGCCAAUCCCAUUCGGGAGAGAGAUGGUCUGGAGGAUGAGAAGGAAACUGAGGCUCUACAAUAACUCAGGACUCUGCUACGACGCUGGCAGUGGCUUUGAAGAUGGUUCGGACGCUUCUUACGAUGCAGGCGUUGGCUUGUGCGAUGAUGCCACAGCAAGAAGUGGGUCCGCAAGAACCGUGCAGCAUAUGUCUGAAGCCAACGAUGGGGACAUGACAAGAACAGUUCAGGCGUCAUCAUCGGUCGAAGCCCAUCGUCGUCGUUCUCUACUGGUUUUGCCUCUGGUCUUGAUGACUUCGAUUGUAUUUAUUCCACUUUUGUCGCCUGCCUGCUCGGGCAGAGGAAGGAGCCGAGAGAGGGACAGAGGAGAGAGAGAGAGAGAGAGACAGGGAGACGAAAGGGAAGUGGGUUUUGAUUGGUGGGUGGGUGCGGAAAUGGCGUUUUGUCCCUUGUUCUGUUGUGGGAAGGGACUGGAUCGAAAUCAACGGGGCAAGAAGCAGCUGACAUGGAGGAUAUUCUCAUUGAAGGAACUGCAUUCAGCUACGAAUAAUUUUAAUUACGAUAAUAAGCUUGGAGAAGGUGGUUUUGGCAGCGUUUACUGGGGACAGCUAUGGGAUGGAUCUCAAAUUGCAGUAAAAAGGCUGAAGGUCUGGAGCAACAAAGCAGAAAUGGAAUUUGCUGUUGAGGUUGAGAUACUGGCAAGAGUACGGCAUGACAAUUUGCUUAGCCUUCGUGGCUAUUGCGCGGAAGGGCAAGAGCGUCUGAUUGUAUAUGAUUACAUGCCAAAUUUAAGCUUACUCUCCCACUUGCAUGGGCAGCACUCGUCAGAAUGCCUUCUUGACUGGAACAGGCGGAUGAAUAUUGCAAUAGGUUCUGCUGAGGGAAUUGCGUAUCUUCACCACCAUGCAACCCCACAUAUCAUUCAUCGGGACAUCAAAGCCAGCAAUGUUUUGCUGGAUUCUGAUUUCAAGGCCCGAGUUGCUGAUUUUGGUUUUGCAAAGUUCAUUCCCGACGGUGCGACGCAUGUAACAACCAGAGUUAAGGGUACUCUUGGCUACUUGGCCCCGGAAUAUGCUAUGCUAGGGAAGGCAUCGGAGAGCUGUGAUGUGUAUAGUUUUGGCAUUCUAUUGCUUGAGCUUGCCAGUGGGAAGAAACCCCUCGAGAAACUGAAUGCCACUACAAAGCGUACGAUCACUGAUUGGGCUUUACCACUGGCCUGUGAAAAGAAGUUCAGCGACCUGGCAGAUCCAAGGAUUAAUGGAAAGUAUGUGGAGGAAGAGCUUAAGCGAGUUGCGCUCGUCGCUCUAAUAUGUGCCCAGAGCCAGCCAGAGAAGAGACCCACCAUGCUCGAGGUGUUGGAGCUUCUGAAGGGUGAAGCCAAAGAUAAAGUAGCUGAACUAGAAAAUCACGAGCUCUUCAAUGGGCCAAAGCCUGGACAAUAUAAUGACGGGUUAUCGGUCGCUGAGGACAGUUCGGAGUUCAUCUUAGAAGAUAAGGAAGGGAACAAGGAGGUCAAGGAGGAGAUUACAGCAGAAAAUACAAAUCCUAAUGCGUGAAGCUAUUCGGCCUGAGAAGUUGUGUAUUGAAAAUUGAACCUCUAUUGCUUGAGACUUAAACUGAUGCAGGGUGACACUGGCUGUGUUAUUUAUUAGAUCUGCCAGGAGAGACGCUGCUCAGUGGAUCUGAUAGAUUGGUUUUUUGGGUGGUUUGACAUUCGUGUUUACCAUUUUCCUCUGCAAUGUCCUUGUUUUUUCGGUUCUUUGAAUGAUGUUGACUGCUUAUCUCGUGGGUUA